GGUUGCAGAAGAUGCUGGACACCUCGGAGAGCGCACGCACUUUUACGCGUUACGCACAACCACUCGCCGACUGCACUUCUGCGCUUUAAGGCACCGAAAUACAGGAAAUCAGCACCGAUGUGUUGCGGUUUGGAGAAUCCGGUUCCAGAGAAGUAGGGGGGGGGAGGAGUGAAUUCGGAUUUUCCACCGUUGCUCCAAUUUUUUUGUGAAUGGAGACAAGUCGUGCGUAAAAAAGGCUUCCCGGUUCAGGAGAAGAGCUGUCACUGUCCCACCUGUUGGCAGGUGGUGUCGGCUUCACCCGCGGAAAUCUACUAUGACAUUGGGUCUGGACAUCAUGGAGGAUAUUGUUAUCGACGUGGUAGGGGAAGGACUCAAAGAUAACGGAGAGGAGCAGCCGGACCCUCUGGAUGAGAAGGAGCAAGGCACGGAGGCUUCCAGCAGCCCGAGCAGAGACCGGGACACGUACAGCCCCGUACCGGAGUGUGGUGCCCCCGCUAAGACCAAAGGUCCCACGUCGGUGAAGCCUCCGUACUCGUACAUCGCCCUGAUAACGAUGGCCAUCCUGCAGAGUCCGAAGAAGAGACUCACCCUCAGCGAGAUCUGCGACUUCAUCAGCCACCGCUUCGUCUACUACCGGGAGAAGUUCCCCGCCUGGCAGAACUCGAUCCGGCACAAUCUGUCUCUCAACGACUGCUUCGUGAAGAUGCCCCGGGAGCCCGGCAACCCCGGGAAGGGCAACUACUGGACCCUGGACCCCAACUCCUCGGACAUGUUCGAGAACGGCAGUUUCCUGCGGCGGAGGAAGCGCUUCAAGCGGCAGCACUUUCGCUUCGACCCGCUGAAGGAGCAGCACCUGGAGCCCAGCGGACUGCACGGCUUCCCGGGGGCGUACGGCCUCGGCGCGGCGGCUCUGCAGCUGCCCAGUCUGGAGAUCUACCCGUACCUCCAUCACCACGCGCCCUCUGCGUGCGCCGGCAUCCCACCUGUCAGCAGCAUCCUGCCGGCCCUGUCCAGCUUCUUCUCCCGCAGCGCGCUCACAGCCAAGGCUUUCCUCCACUCGCAGCCGGGCAUCGAACCCUUCUCCGCGGCCCAGUGUCCGGCCUACGCCUCCCCGCUGACCCCCGGGGCUGCGUACGGCUCCCCGGCGCUGUUCCACCCGGCCGCGGCCCCGCACUUCCUCAGUUUACAGCAGGAGUACCAGAAACUACAGACUCAGCGCGUGGCCCUGGUCAAACACAUGCACAGCAGCAACGAGUGAUUCGCGGUGAACUCGUUGUUUUCUCAGGUAAAACAGACAAUUCGAGCAGAAGCUCCGAGUUUCUGCAGCGAUGGAAGAAGGAAGAUGUGUUUUUAAAGAAUGUUGUAGAUAAAAAAAAAUAACUCUUCCCCUAAU